UCUGCUGGCAAAAUAACGUCAUACUUAUGAGAACUUAGAAUAAUUUUACGUUUCUAAUUUGUCGACAACGACAACUACAAGCCUGUUGUCGCUUAGUCGUACUGUUGUCAAAAAAACUGUGCCCAUAAGAACGCUUGUAUAUUAAUAUUUGACAGAUGUCGCUCGUCGCUUGUCGUUGUCUAUGUGUUCAUCAUUUAUGUGUUCAGCACAUGAUUCGUCACAUAUUUUAAAUGACAAUUCAUUGGAUACAAUAGUUAGCAUAAAAUAUUGUAUGCCAACUAUUGCAUACCGUAGAUAUAUGUGAUGUACACAGGCAAUUUGCAAAGGAAAACAAUUGUCAUACAGUAAUAUUUAGCCAGUCGACAUUCUCGUUAAUUUACAAAAGUGCGAAGACGUUGUGACCACCAGACUGGAGGGUGAUGCCGGAGAACUCUGGCUAAUCUCGGCCUAUAUGCCGCAAGACGACGAGGUGGAACCACCUCCCGUUAUACUGAGAAAGGCUCUCUGGGAGGCCAGGCGUAGGAAAGUCAACGCCAUCAUUGGCUCGGACGCCAACGCAUGACAUACUGUCUGGGGAAGCUCGGACAUAAACGUUAGAGAUGUCUUAUUACUUUUGAAAAUAUGUAACAGUAGCAGGAGUUCCUUGAAGUUCUAUCCGCACCUCAAGCAAUCAAUGAUCUAGACAAGCAGACUGCCUACCUCGCAACGUUGCAAACGACCACAACACGUGCGGGAUGGGAUAGAUACCGAGAGCUGAAGAGGGAAGCGAAACGCACCUGCAGACAAAAAAAGAAAGAGGCCGAAAUGCGUGAGUACGAAGAGCUUGAGAAGCUGGCAGACAGAGGGAAUGCUUGAAAAUUUUAUGAAAAAAUGAAGCGACUUAACGAAGGUUUCAAGACCGGAGCAUCCUCAUGUAGAGACCAAGGUGGUAAUCUGGUAACCGAUGUCCAGGGCAUACUGGGAUUAUGGAGGGAACACUUCUCCGACCUGCUGAAUGGCAGUGAGAGUACAACACCAGGAGAUGGCGAACCCGAUCCCCCAAUCGAUGACGAUGGAACAGAUGUUCCAUUACCCGACCAUGAAGAAAUUCGAAUAGCAAUUACCCGCUUGAAGAACAACAAAGCAGCGGGGGCCGAUAGAUUACCGGCAGAACUAUUCAAAUACGGCGGCGAAGAACUGAUAAGGUGCAUGCAUCAGCUUCUUUGCAGAAUAUGGUCGGAAGAAAGCAUGCCUGACGAUUGGAAUCUCUGUGUGCUCUGCCCAAUCCAUAAAAAGGAGAUCCCACAAUCUGCGCCAAUUACCGUGGGAUCAGCCUCCUAAAUAUCGCAUACAAGGUUCUAUCGAGCGUACUGUGUGAAAGACUAAAGUCCACCGUCAACAAACUGAUUGGACCUUAUCAGUGUGGCUUUAGACCUGGAAAAUCAAAACCAAAUUUUGGAGAAGACCCGUGAAAAAAGGAUCGACACACACCACCUUUUUGUCGAUUUUAAAGCUGCUUUCGACAGCACGAAAAGGAGCUGCCUUUACGCCGCGAUGUCUGAAUUUGGUAUCCCCGCAAAACUAAUACGGCUGUGUGAGCAACACCAAAAGCUCCGUCAUGAUUGGGAAGGACCUCUCCGAGCCGUUCGAUACCAAACGAGGUUUCAGACAAGGUGACUCACUAUCGUGCGACUUCUUUAACCUGAUGCUGGAAAAAAUUA